UGUCUCCACUGCGUUGGUUUCGCAAUCCUCUCAAGUAAUGGCCGCCUGUUAGUACAGCAUUCCAAACUACCUAGUCUCAUCGAAAAGGGGGUUCUUCUCUAGUGACCGAUAACUCACAUUACGCAAUAAACCAAGAUGCCAGUGGCAGUAGGACCGUAUGGCCAGCAACAGCCAGCCUGCAUUGACAGAAUUAAAAUGGGAUUCAUGAUGGGCUUCGCUGUUGGGAUGGCAGCUGGUGCCAUGUUUGGAACGUUUUCCUGUCUAAGGGUUGGCAUGAGAGGCAGAGAGCUGAUGGGAGGAGUUGGGAAGACAAUGAUGCAGAGUGGAGGCACAUUUGGUACAUUUAUGUCCAUUGGGAUGGGCAUCCGCUGCUGAGACCACCUACCAUACUUACAGAAAAUUACAUAGUGGGACUUUUGUCAUAACUCAUUCCCAUGUCACACUUUGUCCCAGAACGAUGGAGAAAUUAUGUCAAUAAAUGCUGAUUUCAAUU